AUGGCAAACGGCUACAGUCUUCUCGUCGGCUUCAUCGUCGUCGUCGCGAUCUCCGGCGCGGCCUGGUUCUUCUCACCAAAGGGCGAAAACCAAACUGUCUGGCGGAGCUCCUUGAUCUUGACCUUUGUCGCCUGCUACCUCAUGUGGUCUAUAACGUUGCUUGCGCAGCUGUACCCCCUUAUUGCGCCCCGAAGGUCAGAUCUGAGACUGGAGGAGGACUCGAACGCUAUUCGGUUCGCCUUCUAG